GAUGCGCAUACCGGGUGUGGAGCCAUUUCACACCUCUCCUCUCACAUCGUUUGGAGAGAUGUUGUUUGGAACAACAAAAACGAUUCUCAAUACUUCUCAAAUCUCAGCAUUCGACAAUAAGGCAAGUGUUAUGCUCGAAUUAAACUCGUCUGAUUGCUGUACUUUUUGGAGUAAGCGUGAGCAUAUUUUGCAGGGACUGCCCUCCAUUGCAUAA